AUGGCGCAUCUGUUUCGUGGAAAGCAGGCCGGCAUCGCGAACGAUCUCUCCAUAGGUGUCUCGCCUGAGGUAUUCAUGCUAGAUGAGUUCGCUUGCUAUGGUGUCAAUUCUCAAAUAUCCGUCCUUGCCUACGACCCCGUCCAGUCCCUCCUCGCCGUUGGCACGAACGAAUCCCAGUUCGGCGCUGGCAUCGUCAAUGUCUACGGACAGAAACGUGUCAAUGUGACCUUCCGGCCUCCUCGGCCUGCCUCGAUUCGAGACAUUCAGUUCUGCGCCGACAAGUUGGUUGUCCUCGAUUCCAAGAACGAUGUCAGCGUCUUUAGUCUCGACAGUAAACACAUGCUCGCGAACUACUCCCCUCCUGGCCAUGUAACCGCUCUCCUCACCGAUCCAAGCCUAGACUAUUGUUUGUCGGGACUCCAAAAUGGAGAGAUCGUGGCGUAUGAUCUGGACAGGGAAGGCCUUACGCCAUUCAAGAUCCCCAAUCUAUGGCGCGAGCACAAUCCAAGAGCGCGGAUUCUGCCGGUAGUGUGCGUCCAGUUCCACCCAAAGGACAUCGGGACGCUACUCAUCGGAUACAACGAAGGAGCCGUGAUCUACUCAUUCAAGCAGAACAAGGCGCUCAAAUUCUUCCAUUAUGAGGUGCCUAGAGGCGCUCCGGGCGGCGACGGAGAUUCGACGGCUGCCAAUCAAGUGCGACAUCCUCGACUCACUCACGCUGUAUGGCAUCCCACAGGCACGUUUGUGUUGACAGCUCAUGAAGACUCGAGCAUUGUAUUCUGGGAUCCUCGUGACGGCAGAGCCAUUCAUGCAAGGACGCUUGAUGAAACUGACGUGAAUAUUCCCGGCCGUGGCUCAUCCAGGCCCGGCGCUGGAACUGGCUCAGUCAAGGAACCUUAUUGCAAUAUCUACUGGUGCUCAAAGGAAAAUGCCGAUGACACCGGCCUUCUCGUUGCUGGAGGCUCAUCUAGCACCAAUUCUAGCAAAGGCUUGACCUUCAUUGAACUAGGACUAACACCGAAUUACCAAACAUCAACAUGGGACUACCUGGCAAACCAUUUUAGAAACCCGAAGAGAGUACAAAUACUUCCCACACCACCGAACACUCAAGUGACAACUUUUCUACCGGUACCUCGGAUCUCUCCGCACUUUGCAGGUUCUCAUGAUCCUAUUGCGGUGCUGACUGUAUUGUCCUCUGGCGAGCUUCUCACGAUGAGCUUCCCGUCUGGACACCCGAUCACGCCUACGAACCAGCUUCACGUUUCCUUGUCGUUUGUGCACCCUUUCAUCACAAAAACAGCUCUUUCCUACAUUGACCGAACUAGAUGGCUUGGUAUGAGAGAAAUACGUCAACAUGGGCCAAGCAUAUUGCUGGGAGGUACUCCAGGGACAAAACCGCUCAAAAGGCACGAAACCCGUAAUAUAGUCCAGGCAGCACAUGCCGAUGGGACGAUUCGAGUCUGGGAUGCAGGACACGGAGAUCUCAUUGAAAAUCCCGGUGUCAUCCAAGUCGAUCUCGGCAGAGCUGUUGGCCGGUGGGAUCGGUUGGAUGUUGCUCGACUGGAUAUGUCUGGUGCAACUGGAGAGUUAUCCGUCGGACUUCAAUCUGGCGAAUUGGUCAUCUUCAGACUUAAUAGAAACCAAUUUGCAGGGCAGCCGCCUUCUGACCCGGGCUCAAACGGUGGACCUGGCCAGAUGACAGACAUUAGCAGACGAGCUGACCCGAAUCUGAAAGAAGGGCUUUUGCCUUUGACGAUGACGAAUGAUCAGCAGGGACCUGUCACAUCUCUGCGGCACUCUGAUGUUGGCUUUGUGGCUGCUGGGUAUGCUGGAGGUGGAGUGACCGUCGUUGAUCUUCGUGGGCCAGCCAUCAUCCAUACUGUGCUGUUGAACGAGAUUGUUGCUGCCAAGCAUCGACGGAAUAGUAUCCGCCGGUCUGCUACGACCACACACUCUACUGAGUAUGCCACCGCAAUGGAAUUUGGUAUCAUGACUCUUGAUGGUGACGACUAUUCUUCACUUGCCUUGUUUGUAGGCACAUCUCGCGGCAGAAUUGUCACUUUCAAGGUCUUGCCUUCACAAACAGGACGAUACACGGCACAAUUUGCUGGCGUGGCUCAAACUGCGGAGGACAAAAUCGUGUCAAUAUCGCCAAUCGACGCCCACACAGGAGCACCGGCUGCAGCAACAGGCCAUGCGAUGGCAGGUCUGCAGUCAGGCCGGAAAGUAGAUGGUGUCCUGGUAGUUGCCUCCGUUUCGUCUGUGCAUAUCUUCCGUCCCGCAGCUGCAAAGGGGGCCUCGAAAUCGUUUGACCAGUAUUUGUGUGACGCAGCAAACGUAGCACGUUUUGAAGAUCGUGGCUACGCUCUAGUUGGCCUUUUUGGAGAUGGAACUGCCCGAGCAUUCUCCAUCCCAGGACUGAAGGAGAUUGCAAGCACGCGAGUCAACCAUAUCCUGGACACGAAGCGUUUCAGCGAAGCCAUCGUUACCCCGACUGGUGAUAUUCUGGGCUGGGCCGGACCAAGCGAGGUGUCCAUGGUUAAUGUCUUUGGCGCAGGCCUAGCUUUGGCCCCUAGCACCGACGCUCUCUACGACCCUACCAAGAUGGUACCCCCAAGGCCUACAAUCAGCAACCUUCAGUGGAUCGCAGGCACGCAGUACAUUACGCCGUCGGACCUUGAUAUCCUGAUCGGCGGAGCCGACCGACCGCCUUCCAAGCGAAUGAUCGCCGAGAUGCGAGCUGCCCAAGAAGCAGAGUUUGCGCGACAGAGGGAGGCGGCACGGACCGGACGAGCCCCCAUGCCUGAUGCAAGCCAGGAAUCGUACUGGGCUUAUAUGCAGCGACAGCUGGCCGAAAGGACCGAGAACCUUGGUCUCGCGGGCGACAGUAUGGAUCGUGCCGCGGAUGCGAGUAGUACGUGGAGUGACGACGUGAGCAAAUUCGUCGCGAAGCAGAAGAGACAAGCGGCGCUGGGGUUUGUGGCGUCCAAAUUUGGGUUUUGA